AUGUUCAACGAAUUACCAUUGGAUCUUGAUACAGUCUUGGAUCUCCUUUUGGAUGGUACUCAACUAUACGUGGCCUGUCGCAAUAAUCGUUUAUUUGUUUACGAUGUUGGUAUGCCCACCGCACUACCUGUCGAGAUAGUACUUCAAUCCAUCCCCGUAUCACUCGCGACAAGUCCACAGGGAUGCUUAGUGGGCUGUAGUGAUGGGUCUGUUCGUAUAGUGGAUUCUGAAAACUUCAAAGCUGAUGAAGUCUUGUGCGUUGGUGAAGGGGUGGUUAACUUUGUUCGUUACAUGAAAAAUGAACAACGUGUCUUAGCUACAACAAUUGCUGGAGAUAUCAUUACGUCAAGCAUUCGUACCGGCGAAACUCAUAAGCUUCGAACUAGUUCAAAAAUAUUUUGUGCUGACGCCACUGAUGAAGUUGUUGUUUUAGGUUUGGCUGGCGCCAGAAUUCAAAUUUACAAUUCAUAUGAUCUUUCCCAACCUCGAGAGACCAAAGAAUUGGGCACUAUUCACCAAGUUAGAAGCAUUCGAUGCUUACCAAACUCUUUGGGGUAUUCGUUGGCAACACUUGAUGGAAGAGUACUGCUCGAGUAUUUUCAAGACCCUCUCGCCAAUUUUACGUUCAAAUGUCAUCGAGUCAUUGAUCGCGCUACCAAAACGGAUGAGGUUUUCCUGAUAAAUGCUCUUGUUUUUGCUGAUGAUAGUGAAACCCUAUACACGGGGGGAGGAGAUGGCACUGUUUGUGUUUGGAAUUGUCAGAAACGAAAGCGAACGCGCAUAUACCCACAAUUUUCGACCAAAAACAAUAGAGCUGUAUCGGUAGCGAAGAUAUUUAUUGCUGGGGAUGUGUUGGCUGUGGCGGUGUCGGAUGAUCUGUACAUACGGGCAACUGACACUCAGCCAUGGGCUCCCCAAUAUCCUAGUAAAGUUUACACGAGAAAUCUACGCGAUCUUUGA